AUGUGUUUAGCGAAGAUCUGGUACAAAUCCGAAACGCAACUCACUGGUUACGGACUAAAUGAAAAUCUCACUAUGUUGGCUCAAGGAACGAAGGCUAUCUACCUCGGAAAUGCCUUAUUAGGUGUAGCUGGGUUCGAGUUUGCAUAUGACUAUGUAGUGAAUCUGAUGGGAGAGCAUGGCUGUCAGCCUUCGGAUGAUCGUCGGUGGUGCGUCCUGCUCGACGAGCAUGGUUAUGUCUUUUAUAGUAAUCAGAAAGACAUCUCAUACGAAGAUUACUUAGAGGAUCCCAUCAACAAAGGGAAACAUAUUAGUCAAUGGUUCGGAGGAAUAAAUCGGGUGUCACAACGAGCAAUGGCCCUAUUAGUGGAAAAAAGGUUUUAUAUCAAGUGAGU